AUGGUGUGUAUAAUUCACUUUAGAUCAGCGCAUACGCCUGAUUCUUAUGCAGAUCUCGACAUCCAUAUUUGGGACUUUCAUCAAGACGACAUAUCACAUCCCCGUCAUACAUGUGUCGGACAUACGAGAAAUAUCUUCACACUGGCGUUUUCUGCUUCAAACAAAUACUUGUUUUCUGGUGGAACUGAUAACAUGAUACACAAGUUCGACGCGACGCAAUUCCAUCUACCGCAGUCUUCCAAUGCUGAACGGCCAUUAGACAGCUUAUCUUAUCGUAACACUAUUCGCAGCUUGUCGGGCCAUCCCUUCCAAGACGAAGUGUUCCUCAGUGCAAGCGAAAGUGGCCGUAUUAUACUUCACGACGAACGAACCUGGCGCAACCCUUCGGCACGAUCACGGGAUAUCAUCCAGGUUGAAGCCGAAGUCUGUGACGUCAAAUUUCAUCCUACGAUGGAGAAUAUUUUUGCUUCGUGUGAUUCGAAGGGCACUGUAUGUUUACGCGACGUGCGCCUAGGCUUUGGCCCUUCGAGUAAGCGCAUGAAUCAAGGUGUUGUGCAAGUGUUUAACACCAAAAUAUCAAAGGGAUCCAUAGCUCAUCUGAGUAACCCCGAAUCCAGUAGCAUCACUUUCGAUCGUGAUGGUACAAAACUGGCAGUCACUAUGCUGGUAGGUGCAGGCUUUCCCGAAUUGCUCACUUUUCAAUACAUUGCCCAGCAUCAUUAUCCCACAAUAUACUCGGUGUCCGAUCCUACUCCAAUAGCCUUUUGUAGUGUCCAAACUCUCCCUGACGGCUCGCCGGUACUCCCUGGACAACGCACAUAUUCCAACUCAUGCACAAUCAAACAUGGCUCUUUUGGUGGUUUAGGAUUUGACAGUGAUGACUUUUAUUGCGCAGGGUCGGAUGAUUUCUGCGCAUAUUUGUGGAAGAUCCCAUCCAUAUCUAGUCUCGUGGAACGAAGACAAAUCGUUGAUCCUGACGAAUGGUCUGGCAACACGGUUUUUGCUAAUACCACUGGUUACGCUGCCGGCCUGCAUGAACCGAGAUACGUCCCAGUCAAUAUUAAGACACCUCUGUCUCGACUUACAGGGCACAAUUCCAUCGUUAACACAACUCUCAUACAUCCGAAUUUUCCUUAUAUCGUGACAUGCGGCAUUGAGCGGUAUAUCUUCCUUCACUCUGCUACGCCUUCAACACCCUUCUCGGAUGGUCUCGAAUCCACGCCUACCGAAGUCCGGUCUUUGUCGGAGCAAAGUACUCAAGAAGAAAUCAUUAGUAUUCAUAAUUUACUCACUGGGGUCGAACCGGAGGAUCAUGGAGACCUUGAAAGCAGCACUAUAUCCUUAUUUGAUGGAAUUUUAAGAGCGGAGGGUACUGCAGAUCCCUUUGAGACUCGAAGGUGGUCACCAGAUUCUGAAUCGGAGUCCGAGGAUGAGCCUAGUGACUGA